CCCAUCAACAUUCUCUCUCCUCUUUCUCUCUCCUCAAAUCUUAAACCCUAAACUAUUAUCACUCCCGCCUAAUACAGAAGCUCGAGCUUCUUCCAUAAUCUCAAAAUUCAUCAGUUUUAGCGAUCAAUAUGUGAAGAAUUACAUCUACAUUGUAUCAAAAUCCUCCAUUAAUUUGUUUAAGUUAAUGGCGUCGAUUGCACCAUCAGUGAAGACGAUGGAGACGUUAAAUCCUUGCUGUAAUCUGUGGAAAACAAGGUGCAUGAAAAUGGAAGAGAAGAGGAGUGCUCUUCGUCAAGGUGUUGAGAUCCUUAAAGGUCAAAUUGAUCGUCUUCAACUGGAAAAUGCCAAGCUUAAGAAAGCAUCUGAUGAAGAACGUGCACGGCUAAAUGUUUUGGAAGAGGAAAAAGGAAAGGAGGCGUCUCUUCGGAUCUCUUUGGAGAAAGAAAUUGCUUCGUUGAAGUCAGAGAAAUCUUCCACUAAGCUUGAGGUGGACUCUAGAAAUGUAGAUUUGGAUAGAGAAGCAACACAUCUUCGGACAUGCAUUUCUGAGAGGGAGGUGGAGAUAGCUCGUCUUAUGCAGCUUCUUGCUGAAGAGAUAACAAGGGCUGAUGCAGAAAAAAAGGCUGCUGAGUUGGAGAGGAAGAAUGCCGCUGAGCUACAGAAAUCUCUAGAAUAUGAAAAGAGGAAAGCUGAUGAAGCCACUAAGAUGGCUAAUGCUGCUGCCAAGGAAGCUGAAGAUGGUAGGCUUCAGUUAGAGACUUUAAAAAAUGAAUUGGAGAAAACAAAUUUGAAAUGGGAAGAAGUGACCACAAAGCUUAAGGCUGAAAAGGAAAAUGCGAUUAAAGAGAAAACAUGUUCAGAUGAGAAGCGGGUGAAUGAAGAACAAAGCGGUGGUAAUAAUCUACUUAAGCAGUUGGAAGAGGAAAAGCAGAAGGUUGAAAGUUUACAAAAAGAAAUGCAGGAAAUUAUGUCAUCUAAGAGAUCUAUUGAUUCGUCUGAGUUAGACGUGGUUAAAAGAAAGCUUGAGGCAGAAAAGAAGAAAGUUACUAGAGAGAAAAGACAUGUUGAAGAACAAAAGGCAAGAGUUAUUGAGCAAAAAAAGAUUGCAGAGGAAACGGAGAAAAGAGUUUCAGAAGAAACAUGUCGUGCUGACAAGCUGUUGAUGCAGUUGGAAGAAGAGAAGCAGAAGGUUGCAAAAUUGCAAAAGGAAAUGCUGGAAGUUUUUUCAUCUCAAAAAGUUGCUGUUUCCUCUGAACUAGAUGAGCUUAAGAGAAACCUUGAUGAAGAAAAGAAGAAAGCUGUUCAAGAGCAAACACGUGUUGAAGAAGAAAAGGUGAAAGCUAUGGAGCAAAGAAGGAUGGCUGAGGCAAACAAGAAAUGGGGUUCUGAAGAAAAAUGCCGUGCUGACAAUCUAUUAUUGCUGUUGGAGGAGGAGAAAAAGAAGGUUGGGAAAUUGCAUAAGGAAAUGCUGGAAGUUGUGUCAUCUCAGAAAGCUUCUGAGUCCUCUGAGUUAGAUGAGCUUAAGAGAAGCCUUGAGGAAGAAAAGAAGAAAGCUGUUCAAGAGCAAAGACGCGUUGAAGAAGAAAAGUUGAGAGUUAUAGAGCAAAGAAGGAUUGCUGAGGAACACGAGAGAAGGGGUUCUGAAGAAAAAUGCCGUGCUGACAAUCUAUUACUGCAGUUGGAGGAGGAGAAGCAGAAGGUUGAGAUAUUGCGAAAGGAAAUUCUGGAUGUUUCAUCAUCCGAGAAAGGUUCUAGUUCUUCUGAGAUGGAUGAGCUUAAGAGAAAUCUUGAGGAAGAAAAGAAAAAAGCUUUCCUAGAGCAAAGACGUGCUGAAGAAGAAAAGGCGAGGGUUGUAGAGCAAAGAAGGAUUGCACAGGAAAACAAGAAAAGGAGUUCUGAAGAAAAAUGUCGUGCUGAUAAUCUGUUAUUGCAGUUGGAGGAGGAGAAGCAGAAGGUUGAGAAAUUGCGAGAGGAAAUGCAGGUAUUAAUGUCGUCUCAGAAAACUGGCCAUUUAGAUGAGGUUAAUAAAAAUCUUAAGGCAGAAAAGAAGAAAGCUUCUAAAGAGAGAAAGCGUGCUGACCUUGCAAUCUCCUCAAAGGAAGAACAGAAAAGGAUUGCAGAAGCCAGUAUUAAGAAUGCCAUGGAGGAAAAGUGUCGUGCUGACAGACUAUUUGAGGAGCUAGAGAGUAGCAGAUCAUUGAUUGAGAAUUAUGAGCGGAAGCUGAAUAAGGUGACUGACAUGCUGGAGGCUGGAAGAAAAGAGGUGGCCAGACAGAAAAAGCGUGCAGAUAUCCAGAAGUUGAAAUUAGAUGAGCAAGGAAAAAUAGUUACAGCAAAUGAAAUGAGAAUCGCAGAGGAGAAAUGCCGAGGCGAUAAUUUAUUGCUAGAGCUUGAAAAUGGCAGGCAAAAGCUCAAGGAUAUGGAACAUGAGUUACAUCAAGUUAAAUUAUGCAGGGGUUUGGUUGGGACUGCAAGUAUUUCCACUGCUUUUCCUGUGAAUGAGCAGGCUGCAAGAGUUAAUCUCUUGCAGGAACAACUAAAAUUUGAGAAGAAGCGAAUGAAGCACGCCAAAGAGGUUGCUAAAUUAGAAAAGCAUCGCAAACACAUUUUACAGCAGGAGCUACAGAGAUUAAAGCAGGAGUUUCAGUGUUUAUUGGAUCACCUUAGUAUGCUAAGUGGUAUAUAUGGUGCAAGAAAUGGUGUGACUAAUUUACCCAAGAAAUCACUCCCUUCUCAAAUGCAUUUUCGUGGUGAUGAGGAGUUCAGAAUGUCUAGCUUGUCGAUCAAGGAUGUAUCUGGUCUUCUCAAGCCAAAUAUGCGAUUUGUACAUGCAGGGAAUCGUGAAGAAUCAACCUCAGGUAUGGAGAAUGUAUUGGAUCCUCUGCAAGGGGGUUCUCGUGAAGAUAUCUUACCAAGUUCUGCCCUUAACUCCAAUACAGCAUCUUUUUCUGAUGAACAGUUGGUGGGAUCACAGGAAAGAGUUUCGGGGUCUGUUACUAUGUCAGCAGGGUUGUCAGUGGAGAACACAAAUGAACAAGCAACAAUGCUUGGAUGCUCUAAUGAUUGUUGUAGACAAAGGAAUGGUGAGAAAGUUGGUGAUGUUGGUAAAAACGGCAUUAGAAGCCCAGUCGAACCUGCUAUUGGCCAUGCCAAAAAAAGAAGGAAGAUUCUUGACGAAUUUGAGUCCAUCAAAUGUAUGCAAUCAGAAGGUAAAAGUAUCUUCCAGGAAGUAGAAAAAAAGCUGUUCGCUUUACAUAAGACAUUAUUCCAACCCAUGACUAAUGAGUCGAUAGAGAAGGAAAACUCGCCAUUGCCUUUCACUAAUACUAAUUUAUGUGGCAAUCCCGAGUUAUCUAGCAAGAAAGGGAAGCCACCACGUAAACCAGAAGUCGCUCUUCAGCGAACUGGUGAUUCUAAUGUGCGGAUCGAAGUAGAUAAAGUUUUUGCUCCAAGUGCCGCAGAGAUAAGGGAAAGUUCCCAGCCUUUACAAGCUCUUUGCAGAGACAAUGUCAAACAGAAUAAGGAUGCUCUAAUGAUCUUUGAGCAAUUAAUAAAUGGGGAUUAUAUGAAACUACUUGAUUUGGAUGACCCGGAUGCUGAGGAACGUUUCAGGGUGGCGAUGGAGAGGCCUCUAUCUCCACACCUUCCUGUGUUUGAUAUGUUUGAGUUUGGACAAAAGGUUGGAGCAAAUACGCCGAGUAUGCCUGUAUCUGGAAAUAACGAGGCUACACAUCAACAGGCAUUUUCAGCACACAGUAAAAACCUAUGUUACUUUGUUUUGUUUUCUGAUAUGGAGGAUUUCGGCAGUAUAGCCAGGAUUUUUGGUGCUACUAGAACCUGUGUAGCUCGAUGUUUGUUUCUUCAAUCGAAUUGGUCAGUGCAGGAUAUACUGGGUGCACUGUUGCUGGAGAAAGAUCUGAGACCCAGGGAAAAAGCAUGCGUUCUUUUCUCUCUUAUACUACUAAAUUUUGCGGCAAUGUCAGCUAGCAAGCCUGUGAACUUCCAAAUCCACGAGCAAAUGGAUUCUUUUGCUGCACAUUUACGCACAGUGCUAUUCGACAUUGAUACGAGAGAUCUUUGUGCAAAUUUCGGUGAUUUUCAUGAAUUAAUUACUUUGGGUGAGGAUUUUGUUGUUACUAGGAAAAUUUUAUCCAAUAACGAGGUGCCCUGCUAUCUGGAUGGUUGUGGUCCAAGUAUUGAAAUUAUGCAUGAAGGGGAGAAAAGUGUCUUGUGGCCUAAGAUGGCUUCAACUGAUCUGGUUGUUGCAGGGAGCGUUAUAUUGGCAUCAAUUUCUAAAGCAGUUGGUGAUUAUAGUUCUGUAUGUGAAGUUUCACCAAAAAUUCUUCAGAUUGGCAGAACCGAGUAUUCAUUGGCAUUGUCAAUUCUUCAUACUUUUGCUUAUAUAUGCGGUGAAGAAUAUUUUACCAACAGCAACUACACUUCAGUCAUGAAAGUAGUUAAAGCUGUGGUGACCUUUAUGGAGGGUUCUCUGGCUGAAAAUUCCAAUAAUAAUCUCCAGUCAAGGGAUAAUGAUAAUCCGCACCAGUUUACCCACUGUGUUAAAUGUCCAUUCUCAGAGGGCUCUUUUACUCUAGAUUAUGUUUCCUCAGAAUUAUUGGAAGAACUGCAAAGACAUAUGGUGCCCGAAGAUCCAGCUGUGUCGGCUCAUUCAUCAAACAGGGAAGCUUUCUCUUGCUUCCUGGGUGAUGUCCUGUCAUCUCUGGAGCUCAUCACAUCCAUUAUGGGAUGGGAGUGGGUACAUGGCAAAAUUGUACCAAAGCUAUUUAGGAUUUCGGAAUCAAGUCAUCAUGAUAGGGUUUUCUCUUCUGCCCUUGCUGUCCUUCUAGGUGAUAUUGGAAAACUAGGAGUGGAAGCACGUGGAUAUGAUGACACAGGAGUUGAGGACAUAAAACGCUACUUAUCGAAUCUUUUAUGUCAGACUGCUUCUGCCUCAAUGGGCGAUAAAACUUUACCCACCGCGAUUAUGUAUGGACUGAUCGGGCUUUAUCCAAAAGGACAUGAGAUGCUUCAGAAUGGUACUAAUGUAAAGUUCCCAUCUGAAGGUGUGCUUUCAGCGCCUGCUUCAUCUGAUGUCGUAAGCAAAUUCCUUUCCUCUCUCAGCAGCGACCAGAUAACAUCCCUGGCUGGUCUAGUAAAUCCAGAUAGAGGAGUUGCUGCUUAGUUUUUGUGGCCUAAAUGUUGUAAGUAGUAGAAUUUUGCAAAUUAUCUGGUAGUUUUAGGAUAUUAAUAGUAUUAAGCGCCAUGUCACAACUCACAAGGUUUCCCUAAGUUUGUUGUUAUCUAAGAAAUAUGGCUCUAGAUGAGAAGAUCGUCCGAAAAAAUCGAGAUGUUUACCAUUGUACGAAAUUUCUGGACAUGCUCCCUGUUUUUGCCAUGAAGGGUGCUUGGUGUCAUUUUGUUUAAUGGAAAAAAAUGUAUAUUUGAGAGCA